AAGUGAUUUGCAUUCACGUGACAUCUAUUUUUAAGGAAAUAGUCCAGCGGCAUGAUAGAGUAGACUUCGUGUGCUAACUUUAAAAGUGAUUUAACAUGGGAAGUGCAAGUUCCCAUUUGGAUUGCCUGGAUGACGAGAAGUUUUGCUACAUUAAAGAAGGGGGUUCUUCUGACCCGUACCAGUUUAAAAGGACAUGUGUCUUGGACUCACUUUUGGCUGCUUUGCACACUACAUACUUAAAAUAUCCAAAUGUAAAAGCUCUUUUGGAUUCAGAUGAGCUGUUCAGAGAGCUUAUGGCUUUAUUAAGUGACGGAAGGUAUGUUGAGGCUAAAAUUCUUUGGGUGCAGAAGCUGAAACAUGUUCAAGUUGAUGACACAAGGAAAGAAAUGGACUUUUAUGGCUCUGUGUAUGAUCAUUUCAUUCUGCUUGAUAAGCUGGUAUGUGAAUUCACUGAUAAACCAAACCCCCUAAAGGAUAGUCACAUCUACAAAGAAAUGCUCAGCAGUUUUGAUACAUCUGGCUGUGAACCAAAUGUAUUUUUAAGCUUUCGGAAGGCUUUGGAAGAUCCAGAAGAUCUAACUCUCAUUCUGGGGAACUGUUCGUCUCCACCACUGCUGCAUUUUAAAGAUGAGAAGAAAAGGACCUUUGUACUUCAAUUUGUGCUGCUUGGGAAAAAUGAUCACAUGACUAUGUGCUUCCAGUCCUCCGACAACAAAUGGCAUCUAUAUGACAAUGACACAACAAAGCCUCCUUUUCAGUCUUUCGACCUUGAGAGUAUGAAAGACUAUGAAGAUCGUUUGGGUGGAUACGUCAACAUAACCCAAGUGCAGGAACAUAAACUUAGUGUUCCUGAGACUGGAGAAGCAGCAGGAACAAAGUGUUUCUGUUCAGGUGUAAGCAGUUCCCACUUGGAUCCAGUGGAGGACAUGGAAGUGGAAGACCUCUCUGACUCUGUUGCUGAGACUGGAGAAGGACUGGGACCAAAGCCUUUCUAGCAAAACCAGCCAGAGUUUUACCCUACUCAGCAACCAGGAAAAGCCAGUUGGAGACAGAAAUUCCAUCUUACAGCAGCUCUGAUUCUGAUUCUGAAAGGAUCUUGUUUUUAAAUUACAGUAUGGGUACACUAGACUAUAGUGCCCCUCAACCUACAAAUGCUGAGGCGCGGACACUGGGGUACUGGGCCCCUCAACCUACAAACGCUGAGGCGCGGACACUGGGGUACUGAGCCCCUCAACCUGCAAGCUCUGAGGCGCGGACACUGGGGUACUGGGCUCCUCAACCUACAAACGCUGAGGCGCGGACACUGGGGUACUGGGACCCUCAACCUACAAACACUGAGGCGCGGACACUCGGAAACUCUUUUUUUUUUUUUGUAAAUUUAUACUAAAACUAACAAUAACCAUAAAUAUGACUAUAAAUUAUGUACUGUCACCAAAAAAGCUGCACUCUUUUGUAAGUACAGCCAUGCUGAAAAAGAAUAGAAACCCUCAUAGAAUUUGUAAUGGUUUUAAUGGGAACUGUAUUGGUUCCAGUGGGCCUCUACUGGUAAAUUAUUGCCUUCUAUUGGAGGCAUGUGAUGUCUAGUGGAUACCAUUAAGGAUUAAUAAUGGUAAUGGUUUUUAAAUGGUAUUUGUAGUGGAAACCAUUAGAAUCUGUGAAUUCUGUGUUUUUUCAGCAGGGAUGAAUAGUUAGUUUAUGAUGCCAUGACCAAAGACUUCUACUUUCUAUAGGAAAUUCAAAAUGUUAUAAUCUAUUGUACCACAGAGGGCUUGAAUGCUCAAAUCUGGUGUUCAUUAUUUUCUUAACAGCACCUCAAUAUUCUAUUAGGGCUGCAACUAACGAUUAUUUUCAUAAUCGAUCACUCAGCCAAUGUACAGUAUCAUUUUUUCCGUUUAUUUAAAAUAAAAUCCACAAACUGAGUGUUACAAAUAUAAAAUAAAAUGAUA